GCUAGCCACCUCGCUUGCUCGUCUAGUCGUCUAUCUUCCACCGCCUCCUGCAUUAGCCACUACUAGUGCACCUUCACGGCCAGCUCCGGCGGCCGGAAUACAUACUGAGCGAUGGCUCUUUAACAGGCUCCUCCGAUCCACCGCCAGGUCCCGGCGUAUCGAUCCAUAGCCAUAAUGGGGGAAGCAGAGGAGCGUUGCUCGGCCGGGGCCGGCUGCUCCUUCUCCCUCACGUGCCUGGAGGACGGCGCCGACCUCGACACCGGUGGCUCCGCGGCGGAGAGCGCCGAUGGCGGCAAGCUGGCUGCCUCUCUUUACGGCGACGCCGAGGAGGACCAGGAGUACAUCGACCACCUCGUGUCCAAGGAGAGCAGCUUCUGCCGCUCCCCUUCCUCGUCCCUGUGCUCGCCCGUCGUCUCCGACGUCUCCGAUGCUGGCGCCGAGACGUGCCCGUGCCCUUCGUCCAUGGCGGCCUCAUCCCACGAGUGGUUCCGUUGUGCACGCCGCGCCACCGUCGAGUGGGUCUUCGAGACGCAGGCUUACUUCGGCUUCUCCCACCGCACGGCGUACCUGGCCGUCUCCUACAUGGACCGCUUCUGCCUCCACCGGUGCAUGGACAGGUCAGUGAUGCCCUGGGCGGCGCGGCUGCUGGCGGUGGCGUGCGUGUCCCUGGCGGCGAAGAUGGAGGAGUACCGCGCGCCGGCGCUGCCGGAGUUCCGCGCCGACGACGAGUACGACUUCAGCAGCGUCUCCAUCCGGCGCAUGGAGCUGCUGGUGCUGUCCACGCUGGGGUGGCGCAUGGGCGACGUCACGCCGCUGGACUACCUUCCCUGCCUCUCCUCCAGCAGGCUACGCCGGGGCGGCGAUGGCGGCCUCGUCGCCGCCAAGGCCGCCGCGCUUAUCUUCUCCACCGCGGAAGCCGCCAGCGUGCUCGACUACCGGCCGUCCACCGUUGCCGUCGCCGCCGUCCUGGCGGCAGCCCACGGUGCCGUGACAAAGGAAGCGCUGGAGUCCAAGAUGAGCAGCCUGUCUCCGUCCAGCCUGCUCGACAAGGACGACGUGCACGCCUGCUACAGCACGAUGAUGCUGAACGAGAGCUCGUCGGCGACGCCGAGCAAGCUGUUGGCGGCCAAGAGACCGGCGCCAUCAGCCUCCGGCUCCACAGGCGCCGGCAGUCCAUACGAGUCCGUCGACGCGGACUCCUCCUCGUUCGCGGCCGCGGCGGACAGCAACAAGAGGGCGCGGCUGGUGGAGCUGCCGGCCGUCGGCCGAUGAGAAGCACCGCCGGUCAAUGUAGUCUUCGCUUCUUCCAGCUUUGAAUUUUCAGUUGUUUGAUUGGUCACGCGCCGCGCCGCGCGCACUGCCGGAGAAACGGUGACCGGCAAUGCGGCGGUGUUGUGGAGACGGCGAGCUUCGGUUUGGUUCCUUGUGAGGUUCGAUGGCGAGAGAGGACGAAAGGAGAGCUCGAUCGAGAAAAUAGCGAGUGCGACUGUGCCCACACGAUCACGACUCAGCAGACAAUGUAUAGCGCAAGGCGGUGAGCAGUGAGCUCCAGCGCCACCCGCCCACCCGUCCACGCACCCGGGAUGGGAAGCCUGAAGCCGCCGCGCAGGCGCAUCAGCAGUAGACGGGUCAGCGCCGGCCAUUCUCCAUGGUGCUGCUGCUGGUUGGCGGUAGCUGCAGCGUCGCAAGCGAGCGCCAUGGCCGCCCAUGGCCAUGGCCCAUGCCUGCCGAAAGUGGAUGUGUACAUGCAUGCCCUGUGCGUGAGGAUGGUGACCGAGGGGUGGUUUCGUGGCAGAGCUGUACCGCGCUUUAGUCACGUGAUUCGCUUGCUCUUGCUGCUGGGUUGCUUGCUACUAGCUAGGACUACUUGCUAUUGCACCAGCACUGCCUCUUGAUCUGUACACUAGCAAGUUGUAAGUGUAACCCUACAUCUACAUGCAUGGCCCUGAGAAUUGAAAUGCAUUGGGUAGUGGGUAUCAGGCA